AUGGUAAUUUCUAUUAUAAAACUUAUACCUAAACCUAAAGAUAAUACGAUAUCAUUAUUCCAAACAGUAAAGGUGGGUUCAUCUAUCAUUAAAGUGGAGAAGAUAGCAGAUGUUUCUAAUGCUACUAUUAUUGAUCGUGAGACUACUGAAUUUUUGGAGAAUAAACCAAAGAAGACUUUAGAAGAGAUGCAGUCUCUGGACCAGCAUUAUAUUGUGGAUUGUUAUGGGAUUAUACCCGAAUUACUAACUGAAGAAUUCAUCUCAAA